UGCGCCGCGCCCCCUGUCAGAGGCAGCCAUUGUUCAGCGGCUGGCGCCGGCUGUUCGGGGACUGGGCUGGUCCUACUUCCCCUCUCCAAGUCCCUGCCCCUCCUUAAAGGUGGGAGAGGGGGGCCAGUCCCUGGGUCUGUGCACUCUGAGGUUCUCGGGUGAAGGCCACCAUGAGUAAACGGAAGGCGCCACAGGAGACUCUCAACGGGGGAAUCACCGACAUGCUCACAGAACUCGCAAACUUUGAGAAGAACGUGAACCAGGCGAUCCACAAAUACAAUGCUUACAGAAAAGCAGCAUCUGUGAUAGCAAAGUACCCACACAAAAUAAAGAGUGGAGCGGAAGCAAAGAAAUUGCCCGGAGUGGGAACAAAAAUUGCUGAAAAGAUUGAUGAAUUUUUAGCGACUGGAAAAUUGCGAAAACUGGAAAAGAUUCGGCAGGAUGAUACGAGUUCAUCCAUCAAUUUCCUGACUCGAGUUACUGGCAUUGGUCCAUCUGCUGCAAGGAAGUUUGUAGAUGAAGGAAUUAAAACAUUAGAAGAUCUCAGAAAAAAUGAAGAUAAAUUGAACCAUCAUCAGCGAAUUGGACUGAAAUAUUUUGAGGACUUUGAGAAAAGAAUUCCUCGUGAAGAGAUGUUACAAAUGCAAGAUAUUGUACUAAAUGAAGUUAAAAAAGUGGAUUCUGAAUACAUUGCUACAGUCUGUGGCAGUUUCAGAAGAGGUGCAGAGUCCAGUGGAGACAUGGAUGUUCUUCUGACCCAUCCGAGUUUUACUUCUGAAUCAAAUAAGCAGCCCAAGUUGUUACAUCGUGUUGUGGAGCAGUUACAAAAGGUCUGUUUUAUUACAGAUACUCUAUCUAAAGGUGAAACAAAAUUCAUGGGUGUUUGCCAGCUUCCCAGUAAAAAUGAUGGAAAAGAAUAUCCACACAGAAGAAUUGAUAUCAGGUUGAUACCCAAGGAUCAAUAUUACUGUGGUGUUCUCUAUUUCACGGGGAGUGAUAUUUUCAAUAAGAAUAUGAGAGCUCAUGCCCUAGAGAAGGGCUUCACAAUCAACGAAUACUCAAUCCGCCCCUUAGGAGUCACUGGAGUUGCUGGAGAACCCCUGCCAGUGGACAGUGAGAAAGAUAUCUUUGACUACAUCCAGUGGAAAUACCGGGAACCCAAGGAUCGAAGUGAAUGAGCCCUAUCCUUCCUCCCAGGCACAGCCCAACAGGAGUCUUAAUUUAUUUCUUAACCUUUGCUAUGUAAGGGUCUUUGGUGUUUUUAAAUGAUGGUUUCUUCUUCGUGCUUGAGCCCACACCGUAGUUAAUAAAACCUCUUGUACUAUUAUCAGAUGAUCUUGUUCCAAUUUUAUUAGAAAAUAUGUUGAAAUUUACAUUUUUGGUCACACUUUACUAAGGGUUUACUAGAAAGAAUUAAGAUAUGAGAUGGUAGCACAUCUUUAAUGGGAAUUUUUAUUUUCUCUUUUUCUGCCCUUAUACUAUAAAUCAGCAUAUCCCCACUUCCUUUCCUUCUGUUGAUUACAAAUUAGUUAAGAUACACCCAGAGGCUAUCUUCUUAAGGAUAAUUCACUAUUUUUUAAAAACUAAGGACCUUCAUAAAUUUAAUUUUCUUUGGUUGGGCCAUAUUCAGUUUUGUAAUACAUACUUAAAUAGAUGAACAGGUGUGUGGUUUAACUCCAAAAUGAAACCUGUAGAACCUGGUUGUGAUCCAUCAGAAAGAAACUCCCUAAGCAAAACCACUUCUAAAUGCACCCAUACAUACAAAAUAUGGCCUCUUAAACUUCUAACAAAAAAUUCACUUUUAUGCCCUAGUUUUCCUCCAAGGUAAUUUUUGAGUUUAAAUGGUAAACUAUAUAACUAAAAACACUCCUUUAAAGCCAUAGCUUUGAAUAUAAAAAUUAUGUAAAUAUAAAAUACAAAAAGUUAUCAAAUGAUAAGUAAAGCUAUUGAAAACAAACUGUAAAAAUGCUUUGUAACUUGCAAAGGACUGUACAAACAUAAGAUACUACCUUUUCAAUCUUAUUUCUUUAUUAACUAAAUUAUUUUGUAGUGAAAUGGCAUUUCCCUUCCAAGAAAUGAAAGAAAAUAAACAAUAAUGCUUUUAAGGAAAAAAA